UAUAUUUUCACUUCAGAAUAUUGACAAUUUUUUUUGGAAAGUGCUUAGUUUAUACGGAGUAUACAGUGGUUGAAGUUGAUAUAAUUGUUAUGUGCAGUCUGUGUAUGGAAUUGUAAGAUUAGGAGUUUUUUCUUCUUCUUCUGGAGGUGUUUGCGAAGACGAUGAGUGGCGCGAUCUCUUCGUAUAUUUCUGGUAUGGAAUUGAAGAGUUAUUGAGCGGAGGCUCCGGGAUCGGAGAAGUUAAGCAUGGUUGGAGCAGAGCACAACUGCGGUGGUGCUACCUAUUUGCAGAAAUUCCAACUCUAUGAGACUCGCUCGAACUUUUAUAUGAUUGGGAGGGAUAAGGCCAGAACAUGCUGGCGACUCUUAAAGAUUGACAGAUUAGAGCCAUCCGAGCUAAAUAUUCAUGAAGAUUCCACAACAUAUUCCGAAGUUGAAUGCUAUGAGAUCAUGAAAAGAAUACACGAAGGAAACAAGGCAACUGGCGGACUUAAAUUUCUUACCACUUGCUACGGAAUUAUUGGUUUUGUAAAAUUUUUGGGACCUUAUUACAUGCUGCUUAUCACAAAAAGAAGGAAGAUUGGCUCUAUAUGUGGUCAUGCCGUGUAUUCCAUUACAAAAAGCGAGAUGAUCCCGAUUCCCACUUCUACUGUGCUAUCUAAUAUGGCUUUUUCUAGAAAUGAGAACAGGUACAAGAAACUUUUACGCACAGUGGAUCUCACAAAGGACUUCUUUUUCAGCUAUUCAUAUCUUAUUAUGCUUAGCCUUCAGAAAAAUUUGAGCAAUCAUGAGUCAGGACUUAUCCUCUAUGAAACAAUGUUCGUAUGGAAUGAGUUCCUGACUCGUGGGAUCCGCAAUCAACUCAAAAAUACUAUGUGGACUGUGGCAUUAGUUUAUGGAUUCUUUAAAGAGGUCAAUCUUCCAAUUUGUGAGAAGGAUUUCAAGUUGAUCCUUAUUGCAAGACGAUCCCGUCACUAUGCUGGAACUAGAUAUUUGAAGAGAGGUGUAAAUGAGAAGGGUCGGGUGGCCAACGACGUGGAGACUGAACAAAUUGUGGUUGAAAAUGUUCCUGAAGGGUGUCCAUUACAAAUAAGCUCUGUUGUGCAGAACCGUGGUUCUAUACCUCUUUUCUGGUCACAAGAAACUUCUAGACUAAAUAUUAAGCCUGAUAUUAUAUUGUCAAGGAAGGACCCUCGGUAUGAGGCCACUCAGCUUCACUUUGAGAACCUUGUCAAGAGAUAUGGAAAUCCAAUUAUCAUAUUGAAUCUUAUUAAGACCCGCGAGAAGAAGCCCAGGGAAUCAAUUUUGCGUGCAGAAUUUGCUAAUGCUAUUGAUUGCAUCAAUAAAAAGCUCUCUGAGGAAAACCACUUGAAGUUUCUUCACUGGGACCUAAAUAAAUUCACAAAAAAUAAAGCUACAAAUGUGUUGAUGGCUUUAGGAAAAGUGGCUGCUAAUGCAUUGGAAUUAACUGGGUUCUUCUAUUGUCAUGUUAGUCCAUCUUCAAGGGCAGCAGAAUUGCUAAAUUUCCCGUGUGCUAGGAAUUACGAUUUGGAUGGAAUUCAAUCUACCAAGUGCCCAACCUUCCAAAGAGGGGUCCUAAGAACAAACUGCAUUGAUUGUCUAGAUCGUACUAAUGUUGCUCAAUUUGUAUAUGGGCUCGUUGCUAUGGGCCAUCAGCUGCAUGCUUUGGGCCUUAUAGGUGUGGAGAACAUAGAUUUGGAUUCUCCUUUGGCUGAUUCUUUAAUGAAGAUAUAUGAAGCAAUGGGUGACACUCUUGCGCUACAAUAUGGAGGGUCAGCUGCACACAACAAGAUAUUUUCUGAAAGAAGAGGUCAAUGGAAAGCAGCGACACAGUCACAAGAGUUUUUUAGAACGCUUCAGCGGUACUACAGCAAUGCUUAUAUGGAUGCUGAGAAACAAGAUGCCAUUAACGUGUUCUUGGGGCAUUUCCAGCCACAGGAGGGUAAACCAGCAUUAUGGGAAUUAGACUCUGAUCAGCAUUAUAAUGUUGGAAAGCACGGUGUAUCUAUUCACAACAUUAGGUCAAGAAUCAAACGGUCGUUCUCAGAUGGAAAUAUUAUCUGUCCAAGUGACUUACCUACGGAAGAUGCUGAUGUUGAACAGAGAGAAGACGGUAAGCCUUCAAUUCCCAGUACAAAGGAGGUCAAUAAUAAUGGAGUGCCAGAGUCUACACCAGAUAUCUCAACUAGUGAAAGCACUAUGUCAUUUUCCAGGUAUACCCCCACUAUGUCCGGCAAGGUGCUUUUCAUGGAAACCCAAGAUGAACAGUCACUUGAACGCACAGAUUCCAACUUUUCAAAUUUUUUAGAUGUUGAGUGGCUUUCUUCGUCUGGGAAUUCAUGUGAAGAAGAGACAUAUGAGAGAUCGUUAGUCAUAGGUUCCCCAUCGAGUGCCCAAUCAUCAGAUGGCGUGGCAUGUGUUUCCAAAGCAGAAACAUGCUUUACAGCUUAUGAUUCUGGGUUCAAUCUUAAGACGAACGGAGAUUUCAUCAACUACGACGCGGCUCAAGAAAACCUAAGACUGGGUGAAUUUUCUGAUAAAUUUGUGCACUGGGUCACGUUUGGAGACAUGCUUUUCCAUUGAAGUUGGAAAUUGGGAGGGUUUCCCACACAGGUUUGCAUUGCCCAUAUAAUGUUGUAAUCCCAUAACAUAUACAUGUCGACCCAUCCGAAGGAUGCGGUUUGGUCACACAAUAAAACUUACCGGCUAUCAGGAUUAGGAGGAAAAAUGAAGAGAAACAAAAAAAGAAAAGGUGAGAAAUAAUAUUAUGAGAUUUUGGGUUUAGUCAGAUAGGACAAAGGAAAUACACCAUUGUAAAUAUCCUUUCAUAUUCUUUCUGGGGCUCUGCUCCAGUGUUGGUUUAUAAUUGUUUAAACGUUACAAAAACUUGUAUAUAUCCAAAGAUUUUUUUCUAUAUUAAUCACCCCUUAUUCACAUCCAAGAAUGUUUAUUUCUCCGGGGUGCAAGUAAAUUUAGUCAACCUAU